AUGACACGCACGACCGUACCAAGUCGCCCUCCGGCUUCCUCGCUCAAACGCGUUGCCACCCUGUCUCUGGUGGCGCUCGCCGCUGUCGCUCCCGCUGUCCAAGCCAACAUUGCACGCCAGACAUCCUCCGCCUCUUUCCCCCUUCCCAGCUUGAAUCCGACUGUCUCCGUCGCGCAAGCUGUGCAACGUACGCGUAGGCCGUGGCUCGCUGCUGCCAAGGACCACGUCUUUGACACGGUCUCACGCUUCCUCUCGCAUGCCAUCCCCGACCCCCGCUACUUUUCCUACGACUUAGAUCAAUUCGAUGACUAUCACCCGCUCCCAUCCGAAGAGCUUGCUCUGGACUCGGACGGGAUCCUUGAUGGACCGGGACUCAACUGGGGAGGCAGCACGCUCGAGGUGGUUCGUUCUCAGGCCAUCUUCCUCACUCGUUCCGCUGCCUUCGGCCCUCGUGUGACGGAUGAUGCUGGGCUCAAAGGAUUCCUGCUGCCCAUCUCGGACUUCUACAAGGUGCCCAACGACGCUACUUUCUCCACUUCAGACACGAGCCGGGAUGCCAUCCACGCAUGCCCAUACAAAGGGGGUCCCGGAUCUCGACGGGGCGCCUUGCUGGACAAGUAUAAGGACGAGGACGACCGUCGGCUGUACUCUGCUUUUGGCUCGGACUCCUCUUCGCAGGCGCCUUUCACUUGGACUCAUGAAGAUGACGGUGGCUCUCCCGACGAAGAUACUUCCAAGCCUCCACACAACUGGAUUGCGCUGGUCGAGCGGGGUGGCGGAUGUGGGUUCGCUGACAAGGUGCGUGUCGCACAGGAGCUCGGUGCGGUGGCCGUGGUGGUCGGUGAUGCCCCGAGUCCUGGCUGGCACGGCGGCCGCUCGGGCGAUCCCAACGAGGAAGGCGAUCCCGGUCUGAGCGGCAAGCGUCUCAUAACCAUGUUUGCCCCUGGCGACACGAGCGACGUGCACAUUCCCUCGACGUUCGUCACACGUCCCAGCUACCUCGACCUGGAGCGUCUCAUCCAGGAAACCGAAAAGGAUCAGCAGGAUUGGCAUAAGCAGCACCCCUCGCAGCACGACGACGCACGCGCACCCAUGACACGCGGUCUCGAGAUAGUGAUCGGCAAGGACGACUUGGUGUGGGAGUGGCCGUUGAUCGACUUUGGCAUCUUGCUGCUGCUGCUGCCAAGCUUCAUGACGGUGAUUACGAUUAUUGUGCAUCGCAUCCGUAUGGUGCGACAGAGGCGUAAGGAGCGUGCACCCGAGCUGGUUGUGCUUGGACUGCCAUGUCUCAUCUGGAGGGGCAAUGGGCAGCCUUGGGAGAAGGUCGAGGGCCCUGACGUUGACCCCGGCCCGGGUAACGGCAUUGCUGACGGCGAUGCUGCUGCAUCUGCAUCAGCACCCUUUGCAUCGGACGACUUGGGAUCUAGCCGAGCAGCCGAGACCAUCCCUCUUCUCGCAGAAGACGAGAACGGAGCCGGCCCCUCUCGGCGCGCUGGUGCUGCCUCGCACAUUACGGUCAAGAUGCCUGAAGACGUUGCUGCGAAACCUGUCAACCCGGCGUCGUUCCUGCCGCCGGGGCGCACGUACUUUAGCACGGACGAAUGCGCCAUCUGCCUGUGCGACUUUGUCGACGGCGACAGAGUGCGUGUACUUCCGUGCGGGCACAUCUUCCACCGCCAAGAGGUCGACGACUGGCUGGUGAGGGUCAAGAAGCUGUGUCCGAUCUGCAAGCGCGACAUUACGGUGCCGGUGCCGCCGGCGCCGGCGCCGCCGGUCGGGGUGGCGACGACGCCCGUGGCGAGUCCCGUGGUGGUGACCAUGGCGAAUGGGGAUGCGGUGGAAGCGGGGGCGGAAGCGGGAGAGGUGUCUCAGCAGGCGGGUGUGGAUCUGACGCAGCAUUUGGGCGACGAGGACGGCGGGACGGCGAGGGAGGAUGGGCGGCUCGUGUGA